AGUAGAGUGCGGAAGACCGUCACGGACGGUCCUAAAGAAAACGACGGGAAAAUAAGUUGAAUUGAAUUUUUGAAUAAUUAAAAGAAUAAAAAAGACUUUGAAAUAUUUGGAGCAAUUUUUCUUUCGAUUAGUGUUGUGGUAACAUCAUCACAAAAGGAUUAACUGUACGAAAAAGGAUAAUAGAGCCCUCAUGAUGAGGGUUUCCAGAAUGUGCUGGCCUACCUUGCCAUUAAUUUUUGUGAUUACAAUUAUUGGUACUAAUGUUAAUGCCGAGCUCACUCCGCCCUAUUUCAAUUUGGCUGAAGGGCGAAAAAUAUCAUCUACAGCCACUUGUGGUGUAGAUACAGAUGGACCCGAAUUGUAUUGUAAAUUAGUGGGAGCUAAUACCGAAAACGACAAUCAAUAUUAUUCGCUUAUACAGGGCCAGGUAUGUGACUAUUGUGACCCGACACGAUUGGACAGGCGCCAUCCGCCAGAAUACGCAAUUGAUGGAACUGAAAACUGGUGGCAGAGUCCUCCGUUGUCUAGGGGAAUGAAGUACAACGAAGUGAACUUAACCAUCGAUUUCGGACAAGAAUUUCAUGUCGCAUAUCUAUACAUUCGAAUGGCAAAUUCACCACGUCCAGGCCUCUGGACUCUGGAAAAAUCAAUGGAUUACGGUAAAACAUGGAAAGCCUGGCAACAUUUUUCCGACACCCCAUCCGAUUGUGAAACAUAUUUCGGCCGAGACAGCUUAAAGCCCAUCACUGCUGAUGAUGACGUCAUUUGCACUACAGAUUAUUCGAAAAUUGUGCCGUUAGAAGGAGGAGAAAUCCCGGUUAUGCUUUUGAAAAAUCGACCCUCAGCAAAUAAUUACUUUAACUCGACGGUACUACAAGAAUGGACAAGAGCAACAAAUGUUCGAUUCCGUUUUUUGCGUACUAAGAAUUUGCUAGGACAUUUGAUGUCAGUUCAACGACAAGAUCCAACUGUGACUAGACGAUACUUCUACUCGAUCAAAGAUAUUUCAAUUGGAGGUCGGUGUAUGUGUAACGGUCAUGCCGAUACGUGUCAUGUUCACGAACCGAGUCCAACUCGAAUCUUGGCUUGCCAAUGUCAGCACGACACUUGUGGUAUUCAGUGUAACGAAUGUUGCCCAGGAUUCGAGCAAAAGAAAUGGCGACAGAAUACCAAGUCCAGCCCGUUCAAGUGUGAACCAUGCAACUGCUUUGGCCAUUCCAGGAAAUGUGUAUACGAUGAAGCCACCGACAAACAAGGAUUGUCAUUAGACAUAUCAGGAAAAUACGAAGGUGGUGGAAUAUGUCAGGAAUGUGAGCACAACACAGAAGGUAUCAACUGUAAUAAGUGCAAACCGAAGUACUAUCGACCCUACGGGAAGCACUGGAAUGAAACGGAUGUGUGUAAACGUUGUGACUGUGAUAACUUCUAUUCAACUGGUAAUUGUGAGGAAGAAACUGGUCGUUGUGAGUGUCGUCCGGAAUUCGAAGAACCUUACUGCCAAUCCUGUUCGUUCGGUCACUUUGGGUAUCCAAAUUGUCGAGCAUGUGAAUGCAAUUUGAAUGGUACAGAUGGAUACUAUUGCGAAUCUGUUCAUGGAAGCUGUCCGUGCAAAGAAAAUUUCGGUGGACCUUUCUGCAAAGUCUGUGCUGACGGAUACUACGAUUUUCCCGAGUGUAAGCCCUGUCAAUGUAAUGCACUCGGCUCAGUAAACAAUGAUUGUGACCUCACCAGUGGCCAAUGUUUGUGUAGCAGCAAUUUCGACGGAAAACAAUGCGAUCGAUGCAAGGACGGCUACUUCGACUAUCCACAGUGUUUAUAUUGUGAUUGUGAUCUGCAAGGAACGCUAGCAGAAGUGUGCGAAAAGCAAACAGGACAAUGUUUGUGCAAAGACGGAUUCGGUGGACCACGAUGCGAUAAAUGUCUACCCGGAUACUACAACUACCCCGAUUGUCAGCCGUGCAAUUGUUCCAUUACUGGUAGCGUUUCAACAAUUUGUGAUGCGGCCGGCAAAUGCCCGUGUCUGAACAGUUUUGCCGGAAAACAAUGUACUCAAUGCAGCACAGGCUAUUAUGCAUACCCAGAAUGUUUACCCUGCAACUGCGGUCCACAUGGCUCAGUCGGCAUCUCAUGUAACAGCGAUGGUCAAUGUUUGUGUUCGAACAAUUUCGAUGGCAAAACGUGCAACCAAUGCAAGGAAGGAUUUUACAAUUAUCCAAGUUGCGAGGAAUGCAAUUGUGAUCCGGCUGGUGUUAUCGCUAAAUUUACCGGCUGUGGUUCAGUACCUGCUGGAGAACUUUGUCAAUGCAAAGAGCGCGUAACUGGACGCAUUUGCAAUCAGUGUAAGCCACUGUAUUGGAAUUUAAAUUUGACAAACUUCGAUGGCUGUGAGGAAUGCGACUGCUUUAUUGACGGAACUAUUGGUGCAUUGGAUACCUGUGAUACCAAGAGUGGUCAAUGUUCUUGCAAACCAUCAGUUCGCGGACGAAGCUGUAAUGAAUGCAAAGAUGGAUCGUUUGACUUAUUUGGUGGCAGUCUGUUCGGUUGCAAGGAUUGUGGAUGUGACAUUGGUGGCUCUAUCAGUCCGUUCUGUAACAAAGGAACUGGACAGUGUAAAUGUCAUCCCCGAAUAGCUGGUCGAACUUGCACUCAUCCAAUUACGACUCAUUACUUCCCCACAUUGUUCCAAAAUCAAUUCGAAUUUGAGGAUGGAUACACUCCAUCGGGAGCGAACGUGCGUUACUUGUUCGACGAAGAACAAUUUCCGGAAUUCAGUAAACGCGGCUACGCCAAGUUUUCGAACAUUCAAAGUGAAGUUAUCAAUGAAGUUAACAUCUUUAAGUCGUCAGUAUACCGGAUGAUCAUUCGUUACGUGAACCCUUCCGGCGAGAAUAUUGUCGCACAAAUUUUGAUUACUUCCGACAAUCCGCUUGAAUCGGAUCAAACAGCCAAGGUGUUAUUUGUGCCAACAAAUCGUCCACAAUUUGUUACUGUUUCCGGAGCUAAGGGCGAAAUACCAUCACCAAUCGUUCUCGAUCCAGGCCGUUAUUCCAUUAAUUUGAAGACAGACAAAUACUUAUUCCUGGAUUAUUUCGUUCUACUUCCGGCCGCAUAUUACGAGUCAUCCAUCUUAACGAAAAAGAUUGAAAAUCCAUGCGAAAUCGACAAUCUUGGUCUUUGCAGACAUUACAAGUAUCCAUCGAUAGCUGAAUAUAUGCCAACCAUCGAUCCGUUCAUAAUGGAAAACGACAAUCCCAAGAAAGCUCAAGAAUGGUACACGGACUUCGAUCAUUUGUCGCUGAUACAUGAGAAUAAUAUGCCAGCUUUAACCGACUCUCAGUCCACAUUGAAUUACAUUUUGAAUGUUCCUCGAGCUGGCCGUUACAUCGUUGUUGUAGACUACAUAACCGAUCGGAAAUUGCCCGAGACUUCAAUCAUUCGAAUCAAUUUGGGUGGCGAUGAAGACAAAGACGGUGUAGUUACAUUGUAUCCUUGUACGUACACUAUGGUAUGCCGGCAGCCGGUUAUCGAUGCAGAAUCGAGGGAGAAAGUGUUUUACUUGGACGACAAAGACCUAAGACCGAUUGAAAUUGUGGGCGAUGGUGAAGCUAGUGUUGCUAUCAAAUCAGUGGCAGCCAUUCCCGUUGAAGAUUGGUCCAUCGAUUUCAUAACACCCAAUCCGGUUUGCAUUAUGAAAGACGGUAAAUGUGUGGCCGCAACAUAUCAAUCGGCUGCUGAUUCGAAGAAGAUUGAAUUUGAACAUGAUCACGAAGAUAUAAUUGCGGAGGAAAAUCCAUCCGACCUGUACGAUAAUUCAACGAAAUUAAUCUAUCUGGACGUCGACCACUCCACUUGGGAAAUUCGAUCGAAAGUGCCGAGUCCGGGACGUUAUCACAUUAUCGUCAAAUUCUUCCAACCGGAUCAUUCACAGUUCAAUUUAAUUUAUCGAAUUAACACCGACAAAUCGGUCUACGACGGUAAAGUACCACUGCGUAAUUGCCCAUCCAAUUCGGGCUGCAGAGAAUUGAUCAAACAAGACAGUGGUUACACUUGGUUCGACAUCGAAGAAGGAGUUACCAUUACGUUAUCUAACAAUGUUCCGAGACGUGGCGUCUGGUUGGAUUACAUACUAUUGGUACCAUCUGAAGAAUUCAACGAACAUUUGCUGCAAGAAGAAACGUUCGAUCAGACCAAGGAAUUCAUUCAAAAAUGUGGACACGACCACUUCCACAUUCAGUUGAAUGCUUCUGAAUUCUGUAAACAAGCUGUCUUCUCACUAACAUCAGACUACAACAACGGAGCAUUGCCAUGUAAUUGUGACUAUUCUGGAUCGACCAGUUUCGAAUGCGAUCCUUUCGGUGGACAAUGCCAAUGUAAAAAUAACGUCAUUGGUAGACAGUGUGACGCUUGUCGAACUGGAUUUUACGGUUUCCCCGAUUGCAAACCUUGCGAUUGUCCAUCAACUGCUCUAUGUGAGCGAGAAACCGGUGAAUGCAUCUGUCCUCCCAGAGUCACUGGAGAAAAGUGUGACAAAUGCGAACCGUACACUUUUGGCUUUGAUCAAAUAAUCGGUUGCGAACUAUGUAACUGUAACCCACUGGGUGUCGAACGCGGCAACUUACAAUGUGACCUAAACAACGGAACUUGCGAAUGCCGUACACACAUUGAAGGUCGCUCUUGCGACAAAUGUCUGAACGGUUUCCACAACUUCCCUCACUGUGAACCAUGCCGUUGCACCAAAGAAGGAACCACAUUCGAUAUUUGCGACCAACAAGACGAGACAUGCUUCUGCAAGAAGAAUGUUCAAGGCGUUGCUUGUGAUACUUGUGUGGAUGGUACAUACAAUUUGCAACAAUCGAAUCCAGAAGGUUGCACGAAAUGUUUCUGUUUCGGCAAGACAACUCGCUGUGAUCGCGCGUACCUUCGUUCAUUCAUCGUUAGCAUGAUGAAGGAUGCAUCGCUGAAUUCCAUUAAAGUUACACCAAUUGAAGCGCAAGUAUCACGUUGGCCUUUGGCACCACAAGAUAUUUUUAUCAAUGAAACAACACUUCAAGCAGACCUAAGUCAAAAAGAUUCCGACGAAGAGUUGGUCUAUUUCGGCGUUCUCGACUAUUUGCUCGAUCAAAAUAAUCAUCUUACUGCUUACGGUGGAGCGUUAACGUACUCAUUGUACUAUACGACUGGUGUUUUUGGAAAAGCUAUUAUCGGUCCCGAUGUUAUAUUGGAAGGAAAAGACAUAGUCAUUGUACAUCAAAACUAUGAACAACCCGCCAAUGCACAAAAUUUCUACGGAUCCGUUAAAAUGGUAGAGUCAAAUUUCCAGACCAUAUCUGGUGCACCGGUUACUCGAGAACAGUUUAUGAUGAUUUUGAGGGAUCUGAAUGCCAUUUACAUUCGUGCUACGUAUUGGGAAGGUACAGUUGUCAGUCAAUUAUCGGACAUAUACCUAACCAUGGCUGACGAUGAUGAAGAGAAUUACAAUAUGUACGAAGAACUAUCCGUCGAGAAAUGUCAUUGUCCUCCGGGAUACAAGGGAUAUUCAUGCGAAGAUUGCGCUCCAGGAUACUACCGAGAUCCAUCCGGUCCGUACGGUGGUUAUUGCGUACCAUGUCAAUGUAAUGGUCACGCUGAUACAUGUGACUGUAACACUGGAAAAUGUAACGAAUGCAAACAUUUCACCACUGGCGAUCAUUGUGAUCAGUGUAUCGUUGGCUAUCAUGGUGACGCCACUGCAGGAACACCUCACGAUUGCAUGAUCUGCGCCUGCCCGAUGCCAAUCGAGUCCAAUAAUUUUGCAAACAGUUGUGAAAUAUCUGAAGAUGGUUACAAGAUACACUGCACAUGUCAAAGAGGCUACACUGGUGCCAGAUGCCAGAGCUGUGCUGCAGGAUAUUAUGGUCAACCGGAAAAGGAAGGAGACUUUUGUAAACCGUGUGAAUGUUCUGGUAACAUUGAUACACUCGAACCAGAAGCCUGUGACUCAGUGAAUGGUGAAUGUUUACGAUGCUUAAACAAUACAUACGGCACGGCUUGCAAUUUGUGUGCGCCCGGAUACUACGGAGAUGCCAUCAAAUUGAAAGAUUGUCAAAGUUGUAUUUGCGACGAGCUGGGCACAGAACAUUGUGACUCAUUCAUUGGAACAUGUCAUUGCCACGAAAAUGUAAUCGGCGAAAAAUGCGACCGUUGCGAAGAAGACCAUUACGGUUUCGAUUCAGGCUUGGGGUGCAGACCUUGUGAUUGUGGUAUCGCUUCUAAUAGCACACAGUGUGAUGAUCAUACGGGUGACUGUAGAUGUAAGCCAGGUGUUACAGGCCGAAUGUGUGACAGAUGUUUGCCAGGAUAUUGGAAUUACACUUCCGAUGGCUGCUUACCAUGUUCAUGCAACACCGACUAUUCCCGUGGAUUGGGUUGUAACGCUCAAACUGGACAGUGUGAAUGUUUACCGGGUGUCGUUGGUGAGAAAUGCGAUGCUUGUCCUCAUCGAUGGGUUUUGAUACCUGACACUGGAUGCCAUGUAUGCGAUAUUUGUCAUCACGCCCUGUUAGACGUAACCGAUGCAAUGCGUAACGAUCUUGAUCCGGUUAUUGACGAGUUCAAAACUGUUGCUGGCGGAUAUUUUACCGCUCAAAAGCUUAAUUACUACAAUGACUUGGUGGAAAAACUGGUUCCGGAAGUCACUGCAUUGGAUCCGAAUGGCAUAAAUUUAACACCGUCAUUGAAUGCUGUCGAUGCAAUCGAAUUGGACACUAAGAAUAUGAACCGAAGAUUACAGUUUGCCGAGCAACGUGCUAAGGAGCUAUCGACCAACAGUAUCAGGAUGACAAAUUCGUCGAGCGAUGUGUUGGACGGUAGCCGAUUCGCAUUGAAUAAUGUGAAAGGUACAAUACAAGAAGUCGAGAAAUUGGCAGACAGUUUCGAUGCAUCAGAAAGUACUAAGGCUGAUAACGCCAUAGCCGAGGCUAGUGAAAUUCUGAAAUUGAUCCAGACCCAAGUGACAGAUUCCAGCCCAGCUUACAAGCAAUUGGAGGAUGCAGAGAAUCACUUACUGAACAUUGAACGCUUUAGUGAGCCAGUUAAGGAGCAAAAUUUGAGAUUGGAUGCUUUAAGAAAUCAAAUUGGUUCGUUUAGUGACAAAAUGGAGGAUCUAUUUGAUUGGAGCGUAGCUUCAAAUGACAACAGUCUCAAGGCUCAAUCGUUGCAUAGUAAAAAUAAGGCAGCAACAUUGAAUUUGAGAUUCGACACCGUUGCCAAUCAGUCCAGAGAUGCAUGGAAGAAUAUUAACGGUACCGAUCUGCUUGGCAAAAAAGGUGAUGUUACAAUGGGUGAGAUUUAUCGACACCUGAAAAGCUUAGAGAAUGUUAACAAUGAGCUCAAAGAGGUGUGCGUUCAAGUGGACAAGAAAUUACCGCAACAGGACGAAGACUUGCAGAAACUCGACGAAAUAAUUGACCAAGCGACGGAAAAUCAAAAUAAACUCGUGAAAAUUGCCAAAGAACUGAGUUCAGAAUUGUCCAAUGUGACUGCCAACUCGGAAACGGCUCUGAAAGCAGCAAAUGCAUACACCGACAUUGUGGAGGCCGUACAAACGGCACAAAAGGCUGUUAAAAAUGCAAAAAUGGCCGCAGGCAAUGCUACACAAUUAACGGAUGGAAUUGAGGAUCGAGCUGGCGCUGGCGAUCAGGUAGCACGCGAUAUGUUAGAUGAAGCAAGAAAGUCGUUGAAUACAGUACAAUUGGAUCUUCAGCCGCAUUUAAACACGUCCUCACAAGUUGUGGACAACAUCUAUGACCUCAAUUUGCAAAGUGACGAUCAAACAACAGCUAUCAACGUUGCACUUGAUCAAAUAAAGCCAGACUCUCAAGCUGAAAUAUGGCAAGAGGCAAGGGACAACGCUAUCAACGCACAGGAGAAAGCACAAGAGGCAUUGAACAUUUUAAAGCCAAUCGUCAAAGACUUACCAAAUGAAUUGGUUCGAGCUAAGCAAAUGCCAAAAGAAGUCGACGACACGAACAACGACAUUAAUCAAGCGUCGAAACAAGUCGAACGUGUCAUGAAUCUAUUCCCGAAUCUACAAGCAUUGGUAAAUGAGCUAGAUGAACGUCAAGAAAAAACUGAUAAAAUCGGAAGUGAUUUGGCUGAUCGAGUCGAGCGACUAAAAAAGUCGAUCGAAAUGGCUAGGGAUGUUGCUAACAGCAUUAAAGUUGGUGUUAAUUUCCAUCCUAACACAACCUUAGAACUCCGUCCACCGAGCAACUUAAACCAACUGGCCACAACUUCCCGAGUUUCAGCAUUCGUUAAAACGGACAAACCAAACGGUUUCCUCUUGUAUCUUGGCAAUGAGAACAAUUCUGGACCAAGACGAAACAAACGUAACGAUUUCAUGGCUAUCGAAGUGGAAAAUGGUUAUCCGAUUCUCACAAUUGAUUUGGGUAACGGACCGGAACGCAUUAUCAGCAACAAGAACAUCGCGAAUGGACAGUGGCAUCAAGUUAUUGUUGAACGUACUGGCAACGAUGUCAAGCUUAUUGUCCGUGAAGAGAUCGCUGACGGCAAAGACCAGCUGCAUGAAGUGGUCGGUGAGAUUCCAGGCGCUGAUUCUGUUUUCAAUGUUGAUUCCGAAAAUAGUAAGCUCUUUGUGGGAGGCUACCCGCCAGAUUAUAACAUUCAAGAUGGCCUUAAGUACAGCUCAUUCGAGGGACAGAUUGAAGAUCUACGAAUAGGUGAUCAGGAGGCUGGAUUAUGGAAUUUCAUUGAUGGCCAGGAUAAUAACUAUGGUGCGCUAGAACGAGAUCGUUUAGUGGCAGCUGAAGUACCAGCAACUGGCUAUCGUUUCGGUGGACAAGGAUACGUUAUCCUCGACUCAAAACCUUACAUGUUCAAACAACGGUCAAGCGUUCAAUUUAAAUUCAAAGUCCAACGGGACGUUACGGAAGGUCUGAUUUUCUAUGCCGGUAAGCACAGACACUUUAUAUCGGUUGAAAUGAAACGUGGAGGUAUCUACUUCCAAUACAAACUCGGACAGCAUAUGGUAACAAUUGGAACAAACGAAUUGUUCAACGAUGACCAAUGGCACAGAGUCGAAGCCGAAAGAGAAGGACGAAAGGGAGUUUUGAAAGUCGAUGGAAAGGUCAUUUAUCAAGAAGAAACACCAAUCGACACGGAAGAGAAUCUCAAAAUUUCGGAUUCACUCUACUUCGGUGGAGUUCCGCACAAGAUCAAUCACACCGAAGUCACUGCGAAAAACUUCGACGGGUGCAUUGACGAUGUGUAUAUUUCCGGCUCUCCAGUCGAUCUCAGCAAGCACUUGAAGGCUUAUGGUGUAAGACCUGGAUGUCCAAUGAAAUUCUCAAGUAGUCUUUCAUUUUCACCACGGUCACCUGGUUACCUACGACUGGGCAACAUAACUGCAUCGAAUCACUUCCAAAUCAAUUUGAAGUUCAAGACAACCAGUCCCAAUGGAAUAAUUUUCUAUGCUACGAAUCAUGACCAAAGUGCAACGAUUGGCUUGGCUUUGAGAGAUGGUUCGUUGGUGUUUAACAGCAGAGAGAAAGAGCUGUCAACUGGAGCGAAUAAGUUCAAUACGGGUGAAUGGCACGUUGUGACUGCGACUCAUGAUCAAAAGAAAUUGAGAUUAUUCGUUGGAGAUAAUGAAUUUGUUUCGGACUUUGACACUGACCCACUGUUUAUUGAAUAUGGCGACAUUUACUAUGGUGGAUUACCCCACAACUUUAUUACACCCAAAAAUGUACUGGGAUCCUCGGAAAAUUUCAUUGGUUGCAUCAGCGAUGUAACGAUUCGCGGACAAGUCGUAAACUUUGCCAAUUCCACUGAUAAGAAGGCGGCAGAAUUGGACAACUGCUCAAGGGAAAUAUUCGGUAUUGAUGGAUAUGGGCCGAUCGAGCCGAAUGAAAAUGUAAUCGAGGGUGAUACGGACGAAAAAAUCGUUUCAAGAGUAUCUACAGAUCUGGAUCGCGACCAAGAUCGACGCAGGGAAGAAGAGCGGGAGCGACAACGACAAGAGGAGGAACGACUCCGAAAGGAAGCGGAAGAACGACUCCGACAAGAAGCGGAAGAACGUUUGCGUCAACAACAAAUUGAACAGGAGGAGGAACGUCGUCGACAAGAUAAACUGAACGAACUUGAUCCAGAAACCGGAGAGGAUGCAAUUGUGACGACGACCGCAGCGGCAGAGCCAACUCAGCGAACAACUCGCCGACGUCCGAUUCAGGAGAAUAAAGUGGAACCGAUUUGUAAGCUGCCUGUGGAACCGGAAGUUGAUGUCGAUUUCGAUGCUGGAUAUCGUUUCGGAACGACUACCGACAGUCGCAUUGAAUUCACUCAAAUUCCAUCGAAAAUCAAACGUUCGUACGACAUUUCACUGCAAUUCAAAACAACUUCAUCGGACGGUGUGUUGUUCUAUGCUGCUGAUGGUCGACACACUGAUUUUAUUGCUUUGUAUCUCCAAGAUGGCAAGCUUAUUCAUGCAUUCAACUGUGGCUCUGGUUCUGCCAAAAUGGUGUCGGAUAAGGAAUACAACAACGGUGUCUGGCAUACAGUCGUUUUCUCGCGUCAACAAGCCAAAGGAAAGCUCCUCAUCAAUGGAGAAGACGAACAGUUCGGUGAAUCAGUUGGAAAUACUCGCAAUAUGGCUGUUCAACCACCGUAUUCCAUUGGCGGUAUUAAUCCAGAUUCGUUGGAAGAUAUGAACGUCAAUUUGAAAAUGACAAAGGGACAAUACUUCAGCGGUUGCAUACGCAACGUUCAGAUCGGAGGCAAAGGCUUAGGUGCACCAGAACAAACGUACGGUGUAAUACCAUGCUCAGAACAAAUCGAAGAGGGAAUGUUCUUCGGAAAAGGUGGCGGUUACAUCAAACUACGCGAUCGCUUCAAAGUCGGUACCGAACUGACAAUAUCGUUUGAUAUCAAACCCAGAACAUUGAACGGUUUGCUGUUGUCAGUACAUGGAAAGAAGGCGUACCUGAUUCUACAGCUCAUUAACGGCACCAUCAAUUUUACCGUUGAUAAUGGCGACGGUCCAAUAGUAGCAGUGUUCAAGCCAGACGCUAAUGAAAACUUCUGCGAUGGUAACUGGCAUUCAGUCAGUGCUAUCAAGUCCAAAUACGUCAUCACCUUGAUGGUAAAUCGCGUAUCGUCACAACCAUCAAUCGGUAAUGCAAACAGUCCGUCAACCGAUACAUCGCGACCGUUGUUCAUGGGCGGACAUCCGCACAUUAUGAAAGCUCGUGGACUUUCCGUUCGUAAGCCAUACUUGGGCUGUAUUCGCAAUGUACGAAUUCGAGAUGUUGCUGAAGAAGUGCAACCGACGAUGAUGGUCGGAAAUGUGCAGGCUGGCGUGUGCCCUACUAACUAGAAAAAGACUUUUAAAAUUCGAUAAAUGACCAUGGAUAUGCUGAACUGAUACGAAUCUCAUUAACGAUACUAUUUUAUUGCAACGGAACCUCUUGCGCUACAUUCGGUUAUGGACCUUCGGCUGCGGACAACGGACUAUUCGAUAAAAAUUCUACAGAUUUAUACUUACUCGUCAUUUGUUUUCAUUUUCACUCUUUUUGUCAUGUAAAUCGUCAAUAAUCCAGCUCAAAAUUUUGUUUUAUUCAUUUUUGUCGAAUUUCUUCUUUUUUUCCUAAUUCAUUGCUAUCAUCUAAGCGACCUAUGCCAUAAAUAAAAUUCAUCCUUAAACAGC